CACUUGCGUGCGCGUACCUGUUCCCGGAACCGCGUUGCGCGGGCGGCGCACGGGGCGGCGCCGUUCCCUUGUUCGCCAUACUUGCACGGGAGCGCAGAGCAACGAACGCAUUUACUGCAAAGGCACCUGAAAGCACUACUGCAUUUAAUAUAAAGACAUGGCUGAGGAUGAGGUGACUCCGGAGCAGUUAGCAGCCAUCGCCGCUGAAAACGAGGAGCCAGAGCCGGUGAACUACAAGCCACCAGCCCAGAAGUCUGUUAAAGAGAUCCAAGACCUGGAUAAGGAUGAUGAGAGCCUACGCAAAUAUAAGGAAGCACUGCUUGGCUCUGGGGUCUCUGAGGCUGAUCCCAGUGUUCCUAAUGUCCAAGUGACCCGGAUGUCUCUGAUCUGUGAAACCGCCCCAAACCCCCUGGUCCUGGACCUGCAAGGAGACCUGGAAGCCUUUAAGAAGCAGGCCUUUGUUCUGAAGGAGGGAGUUGAAUACAAAAUAAAGAUCAGCUUUAAGGUGAACAGGGAGAUAGUUUCGGGUCUGAAGUAUGUGCAGCAGACAUACAGGAAAGGAAUGAAGAUUGAUAAAUCGGACUACAUGGUGGGCAGCUACGGGCCUCGUCCUGCUGAAUACGACUUCCUGACUACGAUGGAGGAGGCUCCUAAAGGCGUGCUGGCCCGAGGCAACUACGUCAUCAAAUCCAAGUUUACUGACGACGACAAGCAUGAUCACCUGUCCUGGGAGUGGAACCUCAUCAUCAAGAAAGACUGGAAAGACUAAAAGAGGCCUUUGUGUUUGGGGGUGAGGGAAUAAAAAUUCCCCCAUGCCCGUGUGUUCCUCAGUCGCUCCCCCCAUCCCCAACAUGUGUCCGCCAUUUCUGCCUUCUUUGUUUUUACUUUGUGUGCAUUUCACGCUCUCAUGCCUUAGUUCCCGCCUCGCCGUCUUAACACCCUGGCAUCAUUCUCAUCUCUCUAUCAGCAUCAGUAGCAGCGGCAGUAGCAGCAGCAGUCUCCCCGUCCAUCCGUCCAUCACCUCCCUACCUGCCCAACGUUUUAUUGGUUGCACACGAGCCACCUCUGUUCACCAACCUGCCAUCCCCACUCACCCCCGAGCUGUGCCACGUAGCACCUGACUUCCUCACGCCCAGCCCUGUAGUUUUCUUUUGUCCCAGAUUUUGCUGCUUGAAGAGAUUAACCCCGCCCUCCACCUCUCCAGAAUGGUGUCUUCCUCUCGCAGUAUGAAGUACAUGUGGAAAAGCAACUGUACAAUCAACUUUUGUUUGCCUUUUUUAUAUAAUUGUAUCAAUGGUUGUGUAAUGUGACUGUAUUCACAUCACUGUUAAUCAGCUGUUGUGUUCAUAGCAGGCCCCACCACAUCCACGUGCCCCCCUCUUCCUUUGCUUCCCUACUUGCUUGCUGUCUUUUGAUAUAAUUACCAAUACCUGCCUUGGAAAAACAAUUCAUUCAGCUCUGCUCUAUGGCGCCUCCCUCCAUUCCCUAAAUGUAUUCACCCACUCCCCUUCAAAUGGGACUGGGACCAAAGUGAACAAGGGAGUAAAAAGUGUAAGGGUAUAAAGCUGCCUUAUGUAUCGACUAAUGUCUAAACCUAUUAAUGUCUAUUUAGCAUGCCUUGUUUGUAUGAGCAGUGCUUGCUAUCAGGUAGUCUGUAUAUCAAGGGCUUACUCUCGCUACCAACUAACAACCAUCUGUAGCCCUGUUGUAGUAGAGACUGUUUAUACAGGUUACUCAGAUACAGCUCUGCACACGCCCACUGCCCCCAAAAUAAACUUACCUUGUAAUUGGAGGGGACUGAAUGUUAAGAAUUGGAGGAAGGAUACCAAACCCAGUGAAAAUCAGUAUUGAUGAAUCUCGGCACUCUUGUUCCGUUUAGCCAUGAGGCCUUAGCACUAACUAUGAUCGUGUGGAGAAAAACAAACAUUUCUAAUUUAGCCUUUUUUUUAUUUUUUUGUUUUGUCGUUCCUGUUUGCCUUAAUGUAUAUCAUUCCCCCCUGCAAAGCCACCCCUCGCUCGUUCAGAUUGCUUCAUAACUCGUAGCCUGCAGUCAGGAGAUCCCAGGUGUGGUGAGGAGUGGUACCAGAGAAAGCACAGGAGGAGGCUGAGCCAGGCACCGUCUGCUGCUGCCGCCGCUGCCGCCGGAGACCUCGGCGGUGUCUGGUCUCACCCACAGACAGACGCUGGUUGUGACGAGAGGAAACUGACCUGGCCUUCAGCCUUUUUACCCAGUGACCCGGUCAGAAAGAAAGCAGUGAAAGAAGGGUCGGGUGACACUACUAGAGAAACACAACAACUCAAUAUUUAAUGAGGAUGAGGGUUUUAAAACACAACUAACCAGUAACAUUAAAUUGAAAUCGACUCGUACUGUAUCAGAACAUAUGGAUGUAAAACUUUUUUUUUUUUGUUUCUUCUGAUAAUGAUAACUAUGUAUUCCUGCUCCAUACAUUCCUUCACAUUGUACAGUUUCUAUGAAAACGCUGGCAUGCUGGUGGGGUUGUAUAUUCUAUCAUCAUUUGUGAUUGCUCUUCUCAGUCAAUAAAGAUUUUGCUCAA